AUGCCAUUUACAAUGAGAAAGGCCCAAUUAGCAGACCUUGAUGAGGUUCUGUCCAUACUGCACACCCGGGUAGCCUGGCUCCGCAGCCAAGGAAACGAGCAAUGGACAACGAGUGGCAGCUUUCGCCGCAGGAUGACCAACUUCGUUACAAACGGCCGUACGUGGGUUCUGAGGGACGAAACUCGAAACGAGAUUGUCGCUACGAUCACUGUCGAAACCGAAGGCGAUGCCCGGUACUGGACUGAAACGGACAAGCAAACGCCGGCGUUAUACAUCUCGAAGAUGGCGACCGCUGUUCAUCGCCGCGACGAACGACUUGGGGAAGUGCUAAUAACCUGGUCGCGGGACCUUGCUGCACAGAUGGGGCUUGAGGUUGUUCGGUGGGACGCGUGGAGGACGAAUGUCCGGCUUCAUGACUGGUAUCGUGCGACAGGAGCUAAGUACGUUAGAAUGGCCGGGAUUAAGAAUCCAGGCGAGGAUCUCUGGAUAGAGUUGGAGGCUUCUGGAAGUCAGAUUGGGGAUGUCAUGAAGAUCAGUCCGUCCGGUGCGUUGUUCGAGAUCCAGGCAGGUCGCGCUGUCGACCUGCAAGUGACCACAUUCCUUAACUAG